CGAACUGCAGUCAAAUGACCUGCGUGGUUUUAGCAGAUCUACAAACCAUGCGUGAUUACGUCUUGUCGUAUGUUGAUCCACAGAUAUGCUUUGGAGAUCAGUAAAGUCUGUUAGGACAGGAAAAGCUGUUUGGAGAACUGAGCGUUUACUGCCUGCCUGCGCCAAUAGUGGCUACGUGUAAUUCUAGGGUAAAAUGGCAGAUAGAAAGAAUAAUAAUGUUCCCAACACCAGUGCAAAUUUACUGUUCAGCGCCGCUCCGGAGUUUAACUUCAAUCUGCCGUUCAUGCCAGUGAGUCAGGCCACUGGUCCGGCGGUGUUGUCAGGAGAUGAUUCCACUGAUGUUGGUGAAGAAGACAGCUUUCUAGGUCAGACCUCUGGGAAUGGUGCAGCCCCCUCUACGUUCAACUACUUCUCCAGCCCCGUAACCAGCAGUGACCCGUUUGCAGCCAUCGGCCAGUCGCCAUGCCCGCCGCCGGCCCUGUCAGCAGCCCCGACAACAACCGGCCCGGUUUCUUUUCCCAGCAGUGCCAGCAUGGCUCCACCACCCCAUCCGGGCUCACAAAUGAACCCUGCUCCUCCAGCGUUUGGCAGUGCAGUUUACCAAAGCCCUAUGGGGCGUCACACUCCUCCCCCCACCACAAUGACCUCACCGCCUCCUCAGAUGCAGCCACAGAGUCAUAACCCGUACCGACACACCCCCACCAGCAGCAGAGCCAGUCCGUAUAUUCCAGCUCCAGAGGUGCUGGCACAAACACACACACCUCAGCAGAAUCCAUACCCUUUCAGCUCUCCGCCACAGACAUUCCCGCUGUCAGGAGGACCCACAUUCACAAAGCCUCCUCCCACACAGAUUCAAGCGCCUCCACCUACAGCCACCACUGUUGGAGGAGUGAUAGUUCCUGCUGGUCCCAUGAUGCCAUACAACUACAACGUCUAUGAGCCUGUUCAGCCUCACUGGUUCUACUGCAAGCAAGUGGAAUCAAAGAGUGUCUGGCUUCCUUUCAGUAUCAUCGACUCCCUCCAGCUAGAGGAGACAUAUAACUCAGUUCAACCAGACCCAGAAAAUGUGAUCAUACGGACAGAUGGAGGGCGUUAUGACGUGCAGCUCUAUGACCGCAUGCGGACUGCAGUGUACUGGGAAGAGGAGCCUACAGAGGUCCGGCGCUGCACUUGGUUCUACAAAGGGGAUACGGAUAGUCGCUUUAUUCCUUACUCUGAGGAGUUCAGCGACAAGCUGGAGGCAGAAUAUAAGAAAGCCGUGUCUACCAACCAGUGGCAUCGUAGACUAGAGUUCCCAUCAGGAGAGACCAUUGUCAUGCACAAUCCAAAGGUGAUCGUGCAGUUUCAGGCCUCCUCCAUGCCGGAUGAGUGGGGCACAACUUCGGACGGGCAGACGAGGCCUAGAGUGGUGAAGAGAGGGAUUGAUGAUGACCAUGAUGAAGUGCCGGAUGGUGAGCUCCCACAGGUGGAUCAUCUGGUGUUCAUGGUUCAUGGAAUCGGUCCUGUGUGUGACCUGAGGUUUAGGAGUAUGGUUGAGUGUGUGGACGACUUCCGCAGUGUGUCACUGAAGCUGCUGCACAGUCACUUUAAGAAGUCGCUGGAUGAGCAAACCAUCAGCAGAGUGGAGUUCCUCCCUGUCCAGUGGCACACGGCUCUACAUGGAGACGCCACAGGGGUGGACAGGAGGAUCAAGAAGAUUACGUUGCCCAGCACUGGACGUUUACGUCACUUUACAAAUGAGACUUUGUUAGAUGUGCUUUUCUACAACAGUCCCACUUACUGCCAGACCAUCAUGGACACAGUUGCCAGCGAGAUUAACAGACUUUAUGCCCUGUUCAUGACGAGGAACCCCGACUACAGAGGAGGCACGUCGGUGGCCGGACACAGCUUAGGUUCCCUGAUUCUCUUUGACCUGUUGUCAAAUCAGAAGAAUGGCUCUCCUCCAAUGGCCAUGCCCAUCAUACCCGCCGCUAAUGGAAACACCAAACAGGUGGCAGGGAACACACAGGGAAAUAAUGCCACCCCCCCUCCAGCUGUGGAAGAGGAGCCUAAAGAAGAUGGGGAGGAGUUUGAAGAUCUUUCUGCCAUGCUGGAACAUCUGGGCUUGUCUGAGUACAAGAGUACCUUUGAUGAGGAGAAGAUUGACAUUGAAUCUUUUCUCAUGUGCACAAUCGAGGACCUGAAAGAGAUGGGAAUCCCUCUGGGCCCCCGGAAAAAAAUCAGCAAGUUUGUCAAAGAGAGAGUGAAUAAGCAGGCCGCACAACAGUCCGCCCAGGAGAAGAAAGCAGAGGUUUGUCAGGUUGCCGCGCCCCCACCGGCAGCUGCCGCUCCUCCUGAUCCCUCUGUGAAGAAGCUCCCAGUGGGCAGCUCCGUCUCCAUCCACGUCGACUACAAUUACUUUGAAGUGGGCACUGGACAGGUGUCCGUGGUCUACCACGCUCUGGACUUUGAGCCGAUGAACUUCUUCGCAUUGGGCUCUCCAAUCGGCAUGUUCCUGACGGUCCGAGGACUGGAAAAGAUUGACGAGGCGUACCAGCUGCCCACGUGCAAGCGAUUCUUUAAUAUUUACCAUCCGUUGGACCCAGUGGCAUACAGGAUCGAGCCCAUGAUAAUACCAGACAUGGACUUUAAGCCUGUCUUGAUCCCGCAUCACAAAGGGAGGAAGAGGCUUCAUCUCGAGCUGAAGGAGAGUCUUACCAGGAUGGGCUCUGACCUGAAGCACGGGUUCAUCAGCUCCCUGAGGAGCGCCUGGCAGACGCUCAACGAUUUUGCUCGCGCUCACACCUCGUCUGCCCUGCUUCAGGCUGAGCUGGCCAUGGUAGCCAAUCAGAUCGAAGAACAGGAGAAGCAAGAGCACGAGGAGCAUAAGAUGCCAGAGAGCCCUGAGCCACCAAAAGAGGAGGAGCCUCAGGUGAAGGUCGGGAUGCUGAACGGAGGAAAUCGCAUCGACUACGUCCUGCAGGAGAAGCCCAUCGAGAGUUUCAACGAGUACCUGUUUGCCCUCCAGAGUCAUCUCUGCUACUGGCAAUCUGAAGACACAGCUCUGCUUAUUCUGAAAGAGAUCUACAGGACCAUGGGGAUCCAUCCAGAACAUCUAGCACAUUGAUAAAUGAAGUACCGGUGAAGAAAAGAAGUCUGAAACUUUCCCAUUUGGUUUAUUUUACAUCAGUUUUCGUGAAUUUUGAUUUUUCUAUUCAUGUAGUUUAUUGUAUACAGAUGAAUAAUACAAUUGUAUUAUGCCAUUUGUCUUAAAUUAAGAAACAUACAAAUGAGCUUGUAGGUUCAAAGACACUUGACAUGUUUGAUAUUACAUUUUUAUAGUAUAAAUUAUAUAACUAAGUUUACUCUAUGUAUCAUCAAAUCAAAUGCUAAGAGCAGAAAUGACUAUGACUUAGCAACAGUUAAUGCAGCCUUCUGUAAGUUUUAUUUAAUAGCCAAAAUUUCAAAAUAAAUCAUUUCCUUGCAUGGGUUCUUUCUGUUUGAAUUGUUGUAAAUUGUUGAAUGUAACACUUCUCUGGCAGGGCGAGGACACUGUAAGACUAUCUACAAAAAGCUGUAAUAUUAGCAAAGACAUUGAUUAAAAAUGAUUACAGGAUGA